AAAUGCAGAUGCCUUGAGCAGGAUGCCAGUUCCUGUCAAGUUAAGGAAAGAGGAGAGUACUGAGCAAGUACUUAUGAUGGACAUGUUGGAUGAGACAUUGAUAGAUGCAAAGCAGAUAAAGAGCUGGACGGCAAAAGACACUGUUUUAUCACAAGUUCAUGAAUACAUCCUGAAAGGGUGGCCCACAGAAACCGAUCCAAAUCUGAAAGCUUUCCACCAGAGAAAAUUGGAGCUCGGUGUUAGAGAUGGCUGUGUUCUCUGGGGAGCUCGAGUGGUCAUCCCUGCCAAAGGAAGAGGUAGGAUGUUAAAAAUGUUACAUCAAACUCACACAGGAAUGACUAAAAUGAAAGGUUUGGCAAGAUCAUACAUGUGGUGGCCUGGAAUGGAUCAGGAUGUCGAGAGAACGGUUCAAGCAUGUCACGAAUGUCAGGCACAUCAAAAAGCACCUGCUUCUGCUCCUCUACACCCGUGGGAAUGGCCUGAAUCCCCAUGGUCAAGGAUUCAUGUGGACUAUGCAGGACCUUUUCUAGGAGAAAUGUUUCUCGUAAUUGUGGAUGCACAUUCAAAGUGGUUGGAUGUUUACCCUACAAAAACAUGCACAUCCUUAGUCACCAUCGAGAAACUCAGACAGAGCUUUAGUAAUUUUGGAAUACCAAAAAUGCUGGUGUCCGACAAUGGAACUUGCUUCACAAGUGCUGAGUUUGAAGCGUUCAUGAAGCAAAAUGGAAUCAGUCAUGUGAGAUCCGCUCCUUUUCACCCAUCCUCAAAUGGACUCGCAGAGAGAGCAGUUCAAACUUUUAAAGAGGGGAUGAAGAAGAUGAAAGAAGGGACAAUACAAACAAGGUUAUCAAGAUUCUUGUUUAGCUACCGGAUCACACCUCACGCAACAACAGGCUUAUCACCUGCCGAACUCAUGAUGUCACGCAGACUAAGGUCCGCCCUGGAUUUGGUUGUUCCGGAUUUGAAAACCAAAGUGCAACAAAAGCAACUUAAACAGAAAGAAAAUCAUGACACACGGAGUAAGCAGAGAGGGUUUACGUCAGGAGAGGACGUACUCAUCAGGAACUAUUCCUAUGGACCGAAAUGGAUUCCUGGUGUUAUCCAAAACACUUCAGGACCCCUUUCCUAUACCGUUAGUGUUGGUACUGGUCAAGUUGUGAAAAGGCAUGUAGAUCAAGUAAGAGCAAGAUUGUCCAAUCUCGAGACAACGGUGGAGAAGGAGAAAAGCUUAGUAUUUUUUCCAGAGACUAUUGCAAAGAUUCCACUACCGGAAAUAAAUAAACCACAGAUGUUAGAACUGAGUUCUAAUUCAGAGAAGGUGUCAGAGUUACUACCUGCUACCAAU